AUGGCGGCGACUGUGGUGGCGUCGCCUGGUGCGGUGGCUAGUCGGGCCAACAAGCGCAGCGGCCCUGGGCCGGGAAGCGGCAGCGGCGCGGGAGCCAAAGGGUCGGAGGAGGAACCGCCGCCGCCCCUACAAGCAGUUCUGGUGGCAGAUAGCUUCAAUCGCCGCUUCUUCCCCAUCUCUAAGGACCAGCCUCGGGUCCUCUUGCCCCUGGCCAAUGUGGCACUAAUUGACUACACUCUGGAAUUUCUGACCGCCACAGGUGUACAGGAAACCUUUGUUUUUUGUUGCUGGAAGGCUGCUCAAAUCAAGGAACAUUUACUGAAAUCCAAGUGGUGCCGCCCUACAUCCCUCAACGUGGUUCGAAUAAUUACAUCAGAAUUAUAUCGAUCACUGGGGGAUGUUCUCCGUGAUGUUGAUGCCAAGGCCUUGGUGCGCUCUGACUUCCUUCUGGUGUAUGGGGAUGUCAUCUCAAACAUCAAUAUUACCAAAGCCCUGGAAGAACACAGAUUGAGGCGGAAGCUAGAAAAAAAUGUAUCUGUGAUGACAAUGAUCUUCAAAGAGUCAUCCCCUAGCCACCCAACUCGUUGCCAUGAGGACAAUGUGGUAGUGGCUGUGGAUAGUGCCACAAACCGGGUUCUCCAUUUCCAGAAGACCCAAGGUCUUCGACGGUUUUCUUUUCCUCUGAGUUUGUUCCAGGGCAGUGGAGAUGGUGUAGAGAUUCGCUAUGAUUUACUGGACUGUCACAUCAGCAUCUGCUCUCCUCAGGUGGCUCAACUCUUUACAGACAACUUUGACUACCAAACUCGAGAUGACUUUGUGCGAGGCCUGUUAGUGAAUGAGGAGAUCCUAGGGAACCAGAUCCACAUGCACGUGACAACUAGGGAAUAUGGCGCCCGGGUCUCCAACCUACACAUGUAUGCGGCUGUCUGUGCUGAUGUCAUCCGCCGAUGGGUCUACCCACUCACGCCAGAGGCAAACUUCACUGACAGCACAACCCAGAACUGCACUCAUUCCCGGCAUAACAUUUACCGAGGGCCUGAAGUCAGCCUAGGCCAUGGCAGCGUCCUGGAGGAAAAUGUGCUUCUGGGCUCUGGCACUGUCAUUGGCAGCAAUUGCUCUAUUACCAACAGUGUCAUUGGCCCUGGCUGCCACAUUGGUGAUAACGUGGUGCUGGACCAGGCCUACCUGUGGCAGGGUGUCCGAGUGGCUGCUGGAGCACAGAUCCAUCAAUCUCUGGUCUGUGACAAUGCUGAAGUCAAGGAACAAGUUACACUGAAGCCACGCUGUGUCCUUACUUCCCAGGUGGUAGUGGGCCCAGACAUCACGCUGCCUGAGGGCUCGGUGAUCUCUUUGCACCCUCCAGAUGCAGAGGAAGAUGAGGAUGAUGGCCAGUUCAGUGACGAUUCUGGGGCUAACCAAGAAAAGGAGAAAGUGAAGCUGAAAGGUUACAAUCCAGCAGAAGUCGGAGUUGCUGGCCAGGGCUACCUCUGGAAAGCUGCAGACAUGAACGUGGAAGAGGAAGAAGAACUACGGCAGAAUCUAUGGGGUGAGCUAGUAGAGAACUUAAAGCAUUCUGGAGUGAUGUUGGCUCAUGAACUUUUUCGUUUGAUUUUAGUAUUCCAGAAUGAAGUCCUGGGAACACUACAGCGGGGCAAGGAGGAGAACAUUUCUUGUGACAAUCUAGUCCUAGAGAUCAACUCUCUCAAAUACGCCUACAACAUAAGUCUAAAGGAGGUGAUGCAAGUAUUGAGCCACGUGGUCCUGGAGUUCCCCUUCCAACAGAUGGAUUCCCUGCUGGACCCAAACCGUUACUGCGCCCUGCUGCUUCCCCUUCUCAAAGCCUGGAGUCCUGUUUUUAGGAACUACAUAAAGCGUGCAGCUGAUCAUUUGGAAGCAUUGGCAGCCAUUGAGGACUUCUUCCUGGAGCAUGAAGCUCUUAGUACUUCCCUGGCCAAGGUGCUGAUGGCUUUCUACCAGCUAGAGAUCCUGGCUGAGGAAACAAUCCUGAGCUGGUUCAGCCAAAGGGAUAUGACUGAUAAGGGGCAGCAAUUGCGCAAGAACCAACAGCUGCAGAGGUUCAUCCAGUGGCUAAAAGAGGCAGAAGAGGAAUCAUCUGAAGAUGACUGAAGUCACACCGCCUGCUCCUACGGG